AUGGUUUCAAAAGAAAGCAAUCAAAAUGUUGAGAUGCAAAAUUUGAAAGAAAUACGAGCGAUAACAAAACGCAAUAUUCAGCAAGAUUUGUAUUUUGUGUUGGUUAAAAUUUUCAAUGAAAAAGUGCCAGGGUUAGGAAUCCUGCAAAAUUUACGCAAAGAAUUAGCCAAAAUAGCGUCACAGCAGUCUUUAGAAAACUCGAAAUUCUUUAAACUUUCCAUCCCUGAUUUGUAUAUUCGAAGAAAUUUCUAA